ACAUGGCGGCGCCCAAUAGUGUUGUUGGUGUGGAGGGAGGCAGCAGUGAAACAGCACCUAUCCUGUCAGAUUUUACCACCGGGGAUGAGAAGAGACCUCAGUUCGGAACACGUUUCCUCACAGACCCGCGGCAGGUCUUCCAGCACAACGCAUGGGACAAUGUGGAGUGGACGGAGGAACAAGAGGCAUCUGCUAAGAGGAAAGUCUUAGAAAACAAUCAGCCACUACCUCUAGAGAAACAAGAGGAAUACGACAACCGAGCAAAUGAGUUUUGGAAUGAUUUUUACACAAUCCAUGAAAAUCGUUUCUUCAAGGACCGUCACUGGCUGUUCACAGAGUUCCCAGAGUUGGCCCCUCGGAGUAGCCUUAACCAUGAGUCCCGUCUCGAGGUCUCUGGCACAGAUUACAGUCAGCAGGGUUGCCUGGAUCAAGAACAGAGAAGUGAAGUUGCAGCUUUUGCUCACACUGAUGGUGACAUCCCUGGAUCCUCUGCCAAAUAUCGCAUUAUGGAGGUUGGCUGCGGUGUAGGCAAUACUGUUUUUCCAAUACUGAAGACCAACAAUGACCCGGGACUCUUUGUGUACUGCUGUGAUUUCUCCAGCACAGCUGUGGAGCUAGUCAAGUCUAAUCCAGAGUACGACCCUGAGCGCUGCUUUGCCUUUGUUCAUGACCUGAGUGACGUGGAAGCCAAUUACCCCGUCCCCGAUGGAACCCUUGAUGUUAUAGUGCUAAUCUUUGUGUUUUCAGCGUUGCAUCCUGACAAGAUGCAGGCAUCCAUCAGUAGGUUAGCGCGGCUGCUGAAACCUGGAGGAGUGAUACUGCUCAGAGACUACGGACGCUACGAUAUGGCACAGCUUCGCUUCAAGAAAGGACGGUGUCUGUCAGAAAACUUUUAUGUCAGAGGUGAUGGAACAAGAGUGUAUUUCUUUACUCAAGAUGAGCUCCAUGAGAUGUUCACUCAGGCAGGACUUGAUAAAGUGCAGAACCUUGUGGACAGAAGGCUCCAGGUGAAUAGAGGCAAACAGAUCACCAUGUACAGGGUAUGGAUCCAGUGCAAGUACCGCAAGGCUGCUGCUGAGCCACUCGAGACGCAGGGCUGAGAGAGAGGAGAGACCCUGUCUGGCUUGACCUGCACCUGAACCACAGCUGAAAUUAAGGGCUCAAAUCAAGGCGGUGCUUGCCUCUUGUUGAGGAUGUUUGGAAUUGAGAAGCUCUUUUGUGAUGUGAUAAAGUGGAGGCUACUUGAUAGUUACAUGCUGUAAAGACCCAUUACACUAUUUCAGCUGUCAUAAUGGUGAUGGACUUGUUUUAUAGAAAGUGUUCCUGAUGGUGCUGCAAUUCAACCUUCAAUAGAGCCGAUUUCUCAUUUGUGCUGAUGAGUUCAGUAAUCUGAGAAAGUCUGGUUACACCUGUUGAACAGAUGCUUUUAAUGAGCUGAUGUUUUUGGAAUACAUGGCAUGAUUUUUAGAAUGACUUUAUGACAUUUUUGUACAUCCAAAAUAAAUGAAAAUCUAAACUUCC